UUUUUUACAAAGCUCAAAAUAUAAAAUCAUGUUUAUACGAAAAUGUAAUAUUUUCAUGAACUAUUUACGCGACAAAAACAAUGUUAAAGAUGUUAUUCAAAGACAACACACUAAACUUAGCUGCAGUUAUGCACUUCCAGCACAAGGGGGCCGCAAGAUUCGCUCCAAUCCUCGGUCGUCGUGGCAACCAGAGUGUCAUGGCAACCCCGCUGACGCUCAAGAAAAGGGACUUCCUGCUUGGACUGGGAAACUGGGCGGAAAGUAAUGCGCAAAAACGGUAUUUUAACCUUUAAUAUAGCUCUGUAGCGUACAUGUAUACGUCCACGUGGUGAGGGCUGAAGCCGAGAAACAAGUGGGAGUCUUCUCUGACAGAUUGAAGGUUAAUCAAUGCACGUAACGAGGCCGAAGUCCUCCAAAGGGCGAAGUAGACCCGCCGUAAACAGCUCCCUGUACGGCGGUGAUGCAGACAGCAUCCAAGGGACGCCGGAGUCUCAGGCGUGCAGCAGGCCGGACAGAACCCUCCGAUCCCGGUCUCAGCCCACAAUGUGGGAGGCCAGCCACCUGAGCCAGGACCAGGUCCUGCACAUGCUGCAACACGCUCCUGCUGCCCCGCCACAGUCCUUGAACAAGUAUAAGGUCCUACCGUCGAUAGAGAGGAGGCGGUCAGAGGCGAGCGCAGGGAGAAGCCUCGAUGAAAUGAUGCCCAAGCUCAACCUGACUGAUGACGCUAUGUUCCGGGACUGCGGCUCUGACGGGGACACAAGGGCUGAUGGGGACCUCCCAGUCCGGCCAAAGCCUCCUCCUGACCCAGCACCAGGAACAACCAAAGAAGCCAGUUUGCUUCUUGCUAUAAGAGCACCGUGUGGUAGGAGAUUCCAGCAACACUUUGAGCCCGCAGACACUCUGCUGACGGUGAGGGCCAGUGCAGAGUCCAAAUAUGGAGUCAAGUACGGAGAGGCUUUCAUUGAGACCAUGGAUGUACCACGCAGGACCUUCGCAGACCUAAAUAUGACUCUGGCACAGUGUGGCAUCUUCAACAGAUCAGUGCUCUGCAUCUCACUGAGCAAUGGCAGUGAUGUGGUGGUACAGCAAUGAGCUAAAAUGAUCCAUUUUAUAGGUGAACCCUGGCUACACGGUGGUGUAUGAUGCCUCACUUGCAUAUUUGACCAUCAUUUUAGAAAUUUUAAAGUGCUCACACCUGUCCUGAAAAGGGGGAAGAGGUCCUCGACAUUCACCUUAAAUCUGAGGUUGAGGAACCUUUUAAAAAAGGCAAACAUGGUCCAAUAUGAAACUUUGGUUCAGUUUGAACUUGAAAACCUUAAGAAUGAGCUUUUUCUUUAAUGUGUGGGGAGUUACUGUCACCAAGUCCUGAGACAAAUACAUAAAUUUGAACAUUUCAUUUCAAGGCUGCAGGAGCUUUUCUUGUGAAAAAGAAAAUCAAACUCAAAUUGAUCAAAGCUCUUUAUCAAGCUUUUUUCUUAUCGACUAAAUUGACUAUAGUUCACUGUAACUUGGUUUGCUGUACUAUUGCACAGAAUAUUCAAGGCAGUUUUAAUUAAAAUUCACCCUGCAUGCCUUUUCAUAAUUACAGCUACAUGUGUCGCGCAAGUUUCAAGUGAAUGACAAAACGAUGUUCUGACGAUUACUCGGCUAGAACAUGUCUGUUGUUUCAGAUUUUCUUCUUAUUGCUGCUCUUUUCUUUAGUUCUUCAAUGCCAAAUAAAGCCUUUCAUUAGUUCGUA